ACAUUUUUACAGAUAAAAAAAAAAAAAAAAUUCGGUACAAUAUUUUUAUGAUCAUCGAAUUCGUUAUUUUUCUGAUUGUUUCCUUGGCAAAUGUGUCACUUGUUCUUUGCGUCUUUUUUUUUUUUGCGAAUGUCUAUAUCUGCCUCCGGCAUAGUGGAUUUAUCUCCACAUGGUCUCAUUCCAAACAUGAUUGAACAAAUGGACGUUAAAAAAGGAAAAUUUUACACUGCACUUGCAGGUAAAGCCAUUUUGUUAUGCCUCAUCUUGUAAAAGGUGUAAACAUAAGGGGAAAAGGUUAUUGAGGCCGGAGAAUGAAACCCUAAGAGAGCAAAUUUCUCCAUUUCAGCUUAGCAUGGUAGACGUCACCGCAGUUGGCGCCAUUAUACACAUAAGACGCAAACGUCCUUUCUGAUUAACGGCAAGUAGAAAACUUUUAAGGUGAACAAUUUUGCAAAAAAUUUGGAUUAAUUUUGCGCAAAAAAAAAAAAAAAAAAUAAUAUAAGUUCAGGGGAACUUUGCGCGAAGGGAUAUUGUACGAGGCGAUGUUGACGCAGUGGAACAUACACUUCGGCGUGAAAUAUGCGCGCGUGGCUGGCAAAAUGGAAAACGCUAAGGAUGAAAAUGAGGAGGACAUAGACAUCUCCGCGACUAUCAAUAAAAACCUGGACAUCCCUUUAUUGAUAAAAAAGAAAUUACAUUUGAGGGAUUUAAGGCGCAAAAAUAAAGACCUGAGCGUGAAGCAUGCGGAUAUUAAGAAGGUUCUCCAAGAGAAGGAGAGUUACUUCAGCUUUAAGGAAAAGGUGCACAAUGAAAGCCGCGAAAAAUUGAUAAAGGAAUACCAAAUGGCUACGAAGGACAACUACGACAGACAAGUAAUUCUGGAGGAGAAAAUAAAAAACAAGGAGAAAAAAAUAAAAAUGUACGAUUUGGAGAUUAACAAGUUUAAGGUGGCCAUUGCGGACAUGCACGAGAGGAUAAAGAAGGCAGACUGCGACAUGGUGGAGAGUAAGAAGAGGCUGCCGCGGGAAAAAUGCCUCAGCUUUCUGAGCAAACUGAAGGAGAAUUCAGCUGAGUUUGUCCAGUUGGACAUCUUCGACAGGCUAGAAACGAUAUUCAGCUCGCGCGAAUUUAUAAAAAAGAAAAAGGAAAGUCUUAAAGCAAAGAUAAAUAUUAUAAAGGCUAAGAUAAAGGACACGGAGGAAAAAUAUAACAUAGCCUUAAUGGACAAAGAAAAGGAAUACAAAAAUCUCGUUGAGACCUCAGAAGGCGUCUUAAAAAAAGAAAAGGAGAUAGCGGAACAGCUCAAGGAAAAAAUAAAUGAACACAAUAAAAAUGCACUGCUUCUGUAUAAGAUAAUAUCAUGUGUCGAUAAUUUUUUAAGUCGCUUUUCUUCAUUCCUACCGGAGCUGCGUCAUUACAACGUUAAAAAGGACGAGGAAAAAAACAAACUAGAAAAGAAGAACAAACCACAGGAUAUAAUGGAAGACACGCAGUUCAUAGAUACAGCCGAUUUUAACAAUUUGGAGGAGGAUAUUCUCAGAAAACUGGACGUCAUCUACAAGUACAUUAAGGACACGAUCUACAUAAUCAACAAAGCCAAGAAGGAAAUUUCGCUCAAGGAUGAUAAUUAUAUGGAGUCCAUGAAGAACAAUUUCGAUGACAAUAUUGAGUUCCUCACAUAUAAUAACAUCAAAGGGAAGAAUAACUAA